AUGACCCGCCCACCAACCUACAUCUCCUCCCUCUCCCUCACCCUCGCUCUAAUCACCCUCCUCCUCGCCCUCACAACCCCAACCCACGCAGCACCCACUGAGCCCUGGUACGAAAAAUACCACCAACGCCGCGUGACCGUCCCCCAGUCCUACUACGAAGGCCUCGCCCUCCGCCGGCAGGUGCAUCUCAACCCCGACGCUGUCCGCGAUGUGCGCUGUGUCGAUACUUCUGCAACAAUCCUCCUCCACGACGAACACGCCGCCUCCCUAGCAAUCUGCUCCUCCAUCGCCGGCCGCCGGCACGCAAGCCACUGCCAGACCCUACUACCGCAAACCACCGAGGGUCGGGUGGGCAGUGCUGUGUUUCGGCUUGAAGCACUCGACGAGGGCCAGCAACAGCCCAUGGAAGGGAUCUCGAGGAGGAGGAUUAAUGUGAGCAAGGAGGCGUGGAUGGGGUGUGUGGCGGCCGCGAGGGAGCAGUGUCCGCAGGGGGGGCUGGAGGGACGGUGCGUGGGUGUGGCGACGGGUGGGGGGGAUGUUUGGUUUUCUUUGGGGGGUGUUUGA